CUGAUGGAGAACAAGACAGAGGUUACAGAGUUCAUCCUUCUAGGACUAACCAAUGCACCAGAAUUGCAGGCUCCUCUCUUUAUCGUGUUCACUCUCAUCUACUUCAUUAACAUGGUUGGAAACUUAGGGAUGAUUGUGUUGAUUCUCUGGGACUCUCGACUCCACACUCCCAUGUAUAUUUUUCUUGGUAACUUGUCUCUGGUGGACAUCUUUUACUCCUCAGCAGUCACUCCAACAGUUGUUGCUGGACUUUUUGUAGGAAACCAAGUCAUUUCCUACAGUACUUGUGCUGCUCAGAUGUUCUUAUUUGUAGUCUUUGCUACAGCAGAGAAUUUUCUCUUGGCUGCAAUGGCCUUUGAUCGCUAUGCCGCAGUGUGCAAACCCCUGCACUACACCACCACAAUGACUCCAACUGUGUGUGCAUGUCUGACUGUAGCCUGCUACGCUGGUGGUUUCCUGAAUUCCUCCAUCCACACUGGGGACACGUUUAGGCUCUACUUCUGUAAGUCCAAUGUGGUCCAUCACUUUUUCUGUGAUGUUCCAGCAGUCAUGGUUCUCUCUUGCUCUGAUAGAAAGAUCAGUGAGAUGGUUCUUCUUUAUGGGGCAAGUUUUGUUAUCUGUUCUGCACUUGUUGUUAUUUUGAUAUCCUACACAUUCAUCUUUAUCACCAUCUUCAAGAUGCGCUCAGCUGCAGGAUACCAAAAAGCUAUGUCCACCUGUGUUUCUCAUUUUAUUGCUGUCUCCAUUUUCUAUGGGACACUUAUUUUCAUGUACUUACAGCCCAGCUCCAGCCACUCCAUGGACACUGACAAGAUUGUGUCUGUGUUCUACACCAUGGUCAUCCCCAUGCUAAACCCUGUAGUCUACAGCCUGAGGAACAAAGAGGUGAAAAAUGCAUUCAAGAAAGUUGUAGAGAAGACAAAAUAUUCUCUAGGCUUUUGA